CCCGCGCCCCGCGAACUCCGGCGGCGCCCGGCGGCCCGAGCAGCAUGCCGAGGAGGAAGCAGCAGGCCCCCCGGCGCUCGGCAGCUUACGUUCCUGAGGAGGAGCUGAAGGCAGCAGAGAUAGAUGCAGAGGCCACAGAGGAGGAUGGGCUGUCUCUGGACAUCCAGGAAGGCGGCGACUACGUGUGCAAUGAGGAAACGGACAUCAAGGAGGCCCAGAGCUACCAGAACUCCCCAGUCAGCACCGCCACCAACCAGGACGCCGGGUACGGCUCGCCCUUCAGUGAGAGCAGUGACCAGCUGGCUCAUUUCAAAGGCUCUUCCUCCCGAGAGGAGAAGGAAGACCCGCCGGGCCCUGACAGCGCUUCCUACCCCCAGGACAGCUUGGCGCAGAUCAAGGCCGUGUACGCCAACCUCUUCUCCGAGUCUUGCUGGUCCAGCCUGGCGUUGGACUUGAAGAAGUCCGGUUCGACCACCAGCAGCGCCGAUGCGGGCCAGAAGGAGGGUGCCACGCCGGCGCCCACACCCCCCACCAGCGCCGCCGGCCCGGCCGGCCCCGCUGCUGCCCCCGCCAGCGCACCCAGCUCCAGCACCAGCUCCAGCUCCAGCACCAGCACCAGCACCGGCGGCGGCAGCAGCUCGGGGUACGACUGGCACCAGGCCGCCCUGGCCAAGACGCUGCAGCAGACCACCUCCUAUGGGCUGCUGCCCGAGCCCAGCCUCUUCAGCACCGUGCAGCUGUACCGGCAGAACAACAAGCUCUACGGCUCCGUGUUCACCGGCGCCAGCAAGUUCCGGUGCAAGGACUGCAGCGCGGCCUACGACACGCUGGUGGAGCUGACGGUGCACAUGAACGAGACGGGCCACUACCGCGAUGACAACAGGGACAAGGACUCCGAGAAGACCAAGCGCUGGUCCAAGCCCCGGAAGCGCUCCCUGAUGGAGAUGGAGGGCAAGGAGGACGCACAGAAGGUGCUCAAGUGCAUGUACUGCGGCCACUCGUUCGAGUCCUUGCAGGACCUGAGUGUCCACAUGAUCAAGACAAAGCAUUACCAGAAAGUGCCUCUGAAGGAGCCAGUACCAGCCAUCACCAAACUGGUCCCUUCCACCAAAAAGCGAGCCCUGCAGGACCUGGCGUCCCCCGGCUCCCCUGAGCCUGCAGGCCUCGCCGCCGAGGCGGCACUGAGCGAGGCGGCCAAGGACCAGAAGUCUGCGAACCCCUACGUGACGCCCAACAACCGCUACGGGUACCAGAACGGCGCCAGCUACACCUGGCAGUUCGAGGCCCGCAAAGCGCAGAUCCUCAAGUGCAUGGAGUGCGGCAGCUCCCACGACACGCUGCAGCAGCUCACCGCCCACAUGAUGGUCACCGGCCAUUUCCUCAAGGUGACCACCUCCGCCUCCAAGAAGGGGAAGCAGCUGGUGCUGGACCCCGUGGUGGAGGAGAAGAUCCAGUCCAUACCGCUGCCCCCCACCACACACACCCGCCUCCCCGCCGCCCAUGUCAAAAAGCAGCCCGAGUCGCCCGCGGGGCCCGCAGCUGCCACCGAGGACAGGAAGGACCCCGAGAAGGAGAAGGCGCCGGUGGCGGCCAGCGAGCCCGACAGGAAGAUCAAGGAGGAGAGCGAGGACGCGGCCGACCGGGGCGAGCCCACCGCGCUCUACCAGUACCUGCGGGAGGAGGACCUGGACGACAGCCCCAAGGGCGGGGUGGACAUCCUCAAGUCCCUGGAGAACACCGUGUCCACUGCCAUCAGCAAGGCCCAGAACGGCGCGCCCUCGUGGGGCGGCUACCCCAGCAUCCACGCCGCCUACCAGCUGCCCGGCGCCGUGAAGCCUCUGCCCGCCGUGCAGACCGUGCCGGUGCAGCCGUCCUACGCUGGCGGCGUGAAGCCCCUGUCCUCCGAGCACGGCGCGCUCCUGCACUCCCCCGGCAGCCUCACGCCCCCGCCGCACAAGAGCAACGUGUCGGCCAUGGAGGAGCUGGUGGAGAAGGUCACCGGCAAGGUCAGCGUCAAGAAGGAGGAGAGGCCGGCGGACAAGGAGAAGGGCCCCCCGGCCAAGGCCGUGUCCCCCGGGGCCAAGGAGAACAAGGACUUUCCCAGGACGGAGGACGUCGGCGGCAAACCUCAGCCCAAGAAGGGCCCCGAAGCAGAGGCCGCGAAGGCCAGGAAGGAGGCCGCGGCGGAUGCCCACACCCCCAACGGCACCGAGCACCUGAAAGCCAAAGUGACCAACGGCUGCGGCAACCUGGGCAUCAUCACGGACCACUCGCCCGAGCCCUCCCUCAUCAACCCGCUGAGCGCCCUGCAGUCCAUCAUGAACACCCACCUGGGCAAAGUGUCCAAGCCUGUCAGCCCCUCGCUGGACCCGCUGGCCAUGCUGUACAAGAUCAGCAACAGCAUGCUGGACAAGCCGGUGUACCCCGCCGCCCCCGCCAAGCAGGCCGACGCCAUCGACCGCUACUACUACGACAGCAGCGACCAACCCAUCGACCUGACCAAGUCCAAGAGCAAGCCUCUGGUGUCCAGCGCGCCCGACGCCGUGGCCUCGCCGCUGCGGGAGAGCGCGCUCAUGGACAUCUCGGACAUGGUGAAGAACCUGACGGGCCGGCUGACCCCCAAGUCCUCCACGCCCUCCACGGUGUCGGAGAAGUCGGACGCCGACGGCAGCAGCUUCGAGGAGGCGCUGGACGAGCUGUCACCCGUGCACAAGCGGAAGGGCCGCCAGUCCAACUGGAACCCCCAGCACCUGCUCAUCCUGCAGGCCCAGUUCGCCUCGAGCCUGCGGGAGACCCCGGAAGGUAAGUACAUCAUGUCGGACCUGGGCCCGCAGGAGCGGGUGCACAUCUCCAAGUUCACGGGGCUGUCCAUGACCACCAUCAGCCACUGGCUGGCCAACGUCAAGUACCAGCUGCGGAGGACCGGGGGGACCAAGUUCCUGAAGAACCUCGACACAGGGCACCCCGUUUUCUUUUGCAACGAUUGUGCCUCUCAGUUCAGAACUGCUUCCACGUACAUCAAUCACCUAGAGACACACUUGGGCUUCAGCUUGAAGGACCUCUCCAAGCUGCCGCUCAGUCAACUUCAGGAACAGCAGAACGUUUCCAAAGCCCUGGCCGGCAAGGCCCUGGGCCCGCUGGGGGCCGCCGAAGACGACCUGGGCUCCACAUUCCAGUGUAAACUCUGCAACCGGACCUUUGCGAGCAAGCACGCCGUCAAGCUGCACCUUAGCAAGACCCACGGCAAGUCCCCGGAGGACCACCUGAUCUACGUGACCGAGCUGGAGAAACAGUAGCGGCCGGGCCGCGGGGCCGCCGGCGCACCCUGGGCCCCCCUCCCGGCCUGGCCUCGCGGUCAGCCUCCCUCCUUGCCGAACUGCCUCUCUGGACCUUGGUUUUUCUUACACAUAUUUUGUAGUUAUAUUUAUAUGCUCUUUGUCUGAUCUGUGCAUGUUAUUUUUCUUUUUCCGUGAGUCAAAGUCUGACCUUUAUUUUCAACAUCUGUUCUUGAUGUUAAGCUAUCUUUUGUAGGAAAUGGUGGGGCACAGUGCUCAGAGACAUUUAUUUAGCAGGAAAGAAAGACACAAAUAACAAUGAUAAAAAGACAUCCUAAAAUUACAAAGUUGCCAUGACAAUAAAGGUCAUAGAACAUGGUAGUGUCAAAUUUAACCCUUUGAGGACUGCAAUCGCAUUUCUGUGCCUUUCACU